AGGAGGAAGCAGCGCUCAUAGCUCAAGCGAGCCUCACUGUGAAACACAUCAACUAACAAGCAUGGCCCUGAGUGUUUACUUCCCUGCGAUUCACGUGGUGGAGAGGAGCGUCUGGCCAGGCUGGCCGGUCUGGAACCCCCGCGGUGAAAGUCUCUUACAUCAGCUGCAGCGAGAAAUGAGGAGCGAGAUCGAGAGGAUGGAGAGAAUCUUCCGUGGAGUCGAUCAUCUCAGCAGCCACACGUGGGCUCCGGGCAGCCUCGGAGACGCACUGCUGCAGCAGCCGGCCGUGAGCAGUGGGUUCCAGAUUGAAGAUCCACAGGAGCAGGGAGACGGGUUCGUCGCGUCCCUGGACGUGCAGGACUUCUCCCCACAGGACCUGGCCGUGAAGGUGUCUGGAGACAAGCUGGUGGUGGCUGGACGGCGCGAGGUGAAGAGCGGAGAAGUCAGCAGCGGCAGCUACAGCCACAGCUGCCAGGAGUUCCACAGGGAGACGCAGCUGCCCAGGGACGUGGACCCGCAGAGCGUGAGCUGCUGCUUGACCCAAGACGGGAAGCUGAAGGUCAAGGCUGAGCGCCGCGCCCUCCCUGCAGCGGCCGAGAGGGUGGUGGCCAUUGAGCAGCCAGCGACAUCGACUCCUGGCACGGCCUCUCAGUCCACUGGCUCCACUCAUGCGUAGAGUGGCGCCUGGAGCAUCCAUUCCCGUGUCUGACUAUUUAAACAGUAUUCGUGCUGGAAUUCAGUUUGAUACAGUGUCAUGAAUUUUGUAUUUUAAGUCAUCAUAAGAAUGUUAAAAGGCAUGUCAUGUGUCGUAUCUUAACAGUAAUUUUAACAUCUUACUGGACGUUAUUUUGAAUGCGACUCAUUAAAUUAAGAAUGUUUUAUUUCAUGGGGCAACAAUAUGUACAAUAUUUUAAGCAAUUUAUUGUUUACACUCGAAUUUCGUUAUUUAGUUGUACAUGUACGUUCCUACUUUGAGCACUUACUAUUAACAUUGUAUGCAGUACACAUUCAAUAUAAUAUAGAACGUUUGAUUUGUGACUUUUGUCCGUACAUUUUAAAAAAAGACAUUUUGAA